AAACCCAAUCUUGUAGUAAAAUAUCAAGCCAAAUCAAAUCACUCCCACGUUCUGCCCUGGAAAAAGGGUAAAAGGGAAAUUGCAGGAGUGGGACUAGACGGGUGGAGGUUAUAGUCGGAGUUUGGAGGGGUAGAAGAAGCAUUGGCCGUUGGUAGUCGUCGUCGUCGGAAAUUGAGAGUAGUAGGGAGCGGCAUCAAUCAAUAUGAUGGAUGAGCUGCAGAUAUCUCCGGCGGACCCGCGGGGGAGUCCAGGAAAAGAUCAACAAGCGGCUGGAGUGGGCAUCCUUCUUCAGAUCAUGAUGCUCGUUCUCUCCUUUGUCCUUGGCCAUGUCCUACGCCGUCACAGAUUCUAUUAUCUUCCCGAAGCCAGCGCUUCGCUUUUGAUUGGUCUAAUCGUCGGUGGGCUUGCCAACAUCUCAAACACGGAAACUAGCAUCAGGGGGUGGUUUAACUUCCACGAGGAGUUUUUCUUCCUCUUUUUGUUGCCUCCGAUCAUAUUUCAGUCGGGUUUCAGUUUAUCGCCUAAACCAUUCUUCUCAAACUUUGGAGCCAUCAUCACAUUUGCUAUUCCAGGCACUUUUAUAGCUUCUAUUGUUACAGGUGUUUUGGUUUACCUUGGUGGUUUGAUGUAUCUCAUGUACAGACUGCCAUUUGAUGAAUGCCUCAUGUUUGGUGCUCUUAUAUCAGCUACGGAUCCUGUCACUGUUUUGUCCAUAUUUCAGGAACUUGGUACAGACAUGAACCUUUAUGCCUUGGUCUUUGGGGAAUCUGUUUUAAAUGAUGCAAUGGCAAUUUCCUUGUACAGGACAAUGUCAUUGGUGAAAAGCCAUGCGUCAUCUGGGCAGAAUUUAUUUGUUGUCAUUGUCAGAUUUCUUGAGACUUUUGUUGGCUCAAUGUCAGCAGGUGUUGGAGUUGGAUUUACUUCUGCUUUGCUUUUUAAGUAUGCAGGCUUAGAUAUUGACAAUCUUCAAAACUUGGAGUGCUGUCUUUUUGUCCUUUUCCCAUAUUUCUCGUACAUGCUAGCUGAGGGCCUUGGCCUCUCUGGUAUUGUAUCGAUAUUGUUCACUGGAAUUGUUAUGAAGCACUACACGUUCUCCAAUUUGUCAGACAACUCUCAGCGAUUUGUGUCUGCAUUUUUUCAUCUGAUAUCAUCAUUAGCAGAAACAUUCGUAUUUAUUUACAUGGGAUUUGAUAUUGCCAUGGAACAGCAUAGCUGGUCCCAUGUUGGAUUCAUCUUUUUCUCAAUUUUGUUCAUUGGAGUUGCAAGGGCGGUAAAUGUCUUUUCUUGUGCUUACCUGGUGAAUUUAGUCCGACCUGCACAUCGGCAAAUACCUGUAAAACAUCAGAAAGCACUCUGGUACAGUGGACUCCGAGGGGCUAUGGCUUUUGCCCUUGCUUUGCAAUCAGUUCACGAUCUCCCAGAAGGGCAUGGUCAAACAAUAUUCACGGCAACCACUGCUAUAGUUGUUCUGACGGUCUUGCUGAUUGGAGGAUCAACAGGUACCAUGCUGGAAGCUCUACAAGUUGUUGGCGACAACCAUGAUGGUCCCUUGGCUGAAAGCUUUGAAGGGAACAAUGGGUAUAUAGCCCCUUCUUAUGAUGGGGAUACAUCAUCUGGGAACAGGUUCAAGAUGAAACUUAAAGAGUUUCACAAAAGCACAGCAUCAUUCACAGCAUUAGAUAGGAAUUACCUCACCCCAUUUUUCACAACUCAAAGUGGUGAUGAAGAAGAGCUAGCAGAUGAGCCAAUGCCCAGUUCUAGAAGAGGGGGUGUCCGUGAACAUGACUAAAAUUCAAGUGCAAUUAAUGAGAAAGACCUAUGCUACAUGAUCAAUUCAACUUUCUGCAGAACAAUUACAUGUGCAAUGAGGUCUGCUGCAUCUAGAAUAAGGGGAGGAUUCGCAGUGGAGCUACGCACCUAACAUCCUUGCAUUUGGACUCUAUUACAUGGGAGAUAUACCAUUAUACAACUGUAGAUGUCACACAGAAGCAAUAACAUGGAACUGUCUUUAGUGUAGCUGAGCAUCAAAUUUCUCUUUUACCAGAUCAGAUUUAACAUUUGUACAUGACAUAUAUGAUGAUCAAAACAGUAUGGCUGCACAGUCCUAAAUUUAAUUCUUGUAUAGGUAUAAUUACUCACAUUCUACACUUACCCCUGAUGUGAUGAGAAUAUCUCUAAGGCUUAAGUUGCUUAAUUUGUAGGUUGCAACCUCUAGUUGUUAGUUGCAAGCAGUCCUGAAUGACGUGAAGCUGGGAAUAUAUAAGAUAUGUAAGGAAUGUGCAAGUUGCAUACCACCUCCUCUAUACUCUAUAAUUAGUUGUAACAUUUGACGCACCUUAUGUUUUCAAGUGAAACCUCCAAUAGAGUCAUCA